UAGAUAAUGUUUUUUUUUUUUUUUUCUAUCAUAAUUAUUUCUGUCUCUUUCACUCUAUCAAAAUGUUAACAUGUCUUCUCAUGUCCUUUUAUUAUGUACUUAUUCUUUUGGAUGAUUUAUUUUCUUUCUAUACAUCUUCAUUUCAAUAUUUCUUUCGUUUUCUCAUUAUAGUCUUCACUUUCUUUCUUUCUUUCUUUCUUUCUUUCUUUCUUUCUUUCUUUCUUUCUUUCUUUCUACAACAUCCAGCGCAUAGACUGCACAUAACUUACUCUAUUUUCCCUUUCUUUCUUUCUUUCUUUCUUUCUUUCUUUCUUUCUUUCUUUCUUUUGCAGCCUUCUCAUAUCUUACAUUAUUUCUUUUUUUCUUUCUUUCUUUUUCAGCCUACAGAUGAAUUACUCUAUUUCUUUCUUUUUUCUUUCUUUUACAGCCUGCACAUUUCUUUCUUUCUUUCUUUCUUUCUUUCUUUCUUUUACAGCUCAUAUCUUACACAUUUCUUUUUUUUUUCUUUCUUUUUUCUUUCUUUCUUUCUUUUUUUCUUUUUUACAGCUUGCAUAUAUAUGUUUCUUUCCAUUUCUUUCUUGCAUAUAUGUUUCUUUCUUUUUUCUUUUCUUUUUCUUUCUUUCUUUCUUUCUUUCUUUUACAGCCUGCACAAACCUUACUCUGUUCUUUUCUUUCUUUCUUUCUUUCUUUCUUUCUUUCUUUCUUUCUAUUACAGCAUCCUGCACAUAACUUACUCUGUUUCUUUUGCAUAUAUAUUAGUAUCUUUCUUUCUUUUUCUUUCUUUCUUUCUUUCUUUCUUUCUUUCUUUCUUUCUUUCUUUCUAUUGUAACCUGUACAUACCUUACUCUCUUUCUUUCUUUUUACUACUUUUCUCUAUUGUAUAUAUUAUUCAUGGUGACAUUCUUACUAUUUCUCUUUCUCUUUCCGUCCCUUCCUUUUUUUCUACCCCUUCAUCUAUGUAUCUAUCCAUCUCUGUCUUUCUGUAUAUCUCUCCUUCUCUCUCUACCUCCCCGCUCUCUCUCUCUCUAUCUAAACACAUAAAUCUAUCUAUCUAUCUAUCUAUCUAUCUAUCUAUCUGUCUAUCAGUCCGUCUGUCUGUGUCUCUGCACAUAAAUCUAUCUAUCUAUCUAUCUAUCUAUCUAUCUAUCUAUCUAUCUAUCUGUCCGUCAGUCCGUCUGUCUGUGUCUAAGCACAUAAAUCUAUCUAUCUAUCUAUCUAUCUAUCUAUCUAUCUAUCUAUCUAUCUAUCUAUCCGCCUGCUGA